AUGGGGAACCAUGCUGACUACUCAAACUAUUCAUCUGGCUUGACCAAAGAAGAAAUGCUAGUAAAUUUAAUAGAGUCAUAUGUCGCGCUCACAGCUGAUACAGAUAAUUGGGUUGCAAACCUCUCGAAUUGUUCCUCGCUAAUUUGGCACGGUUAUCAUUCAGUAGGCACACCGGUCAAUUGGACUGGGUUUUACGUGGUUGAUCCAAAGGAUCCACUGCAACUCAUAUUAGCUCCAUUCCAGGGGAAGGUGGCCUGUCAAGUAAUCAAAAUUGGAAAGGGUGUUUGCGGAACAGCAGCAGCUUCCAACCUCACCCAAGUAGUUCCAGAUGUAGAGAAGUAUCCUGGCCAUAUAGCCUGCGAUGGUGAGACACAAAGUGAAAUAGUCGUCCCCUUUUUAAAUACAAAGGGAGAUCUAGUUGGAGUUUUAGAUCUUGACUGCUUAGAAUUGAAUGGGUUUAACGAAAUCGACAAGAAAUAUUUGGAACAAUUAGCAAAUCUCAUUAGUAAAACAUGUUCAUGGUAG